AUGGACGAAUCUCUUAAGCAAUAUCUGCCUAAAGAUUACAAAAGAAGAGCCUAUUAUACUCCUUAUGAUGUCUCAGUACAUAAUACAGCCAACGAUUUGUGGGUGAGUUUUUUUGGAAAGGUUUGGGAUCUUACAUAACUUGUCUAAGAAAAUAUUUCAUCGAAACUAUGCGAACCAUUAAUCAAAAUAGCUGGAAGUGAUAUAUCUUAUUGGUUUGAUAAAUAAACGGGAGAACCCAGAAAGUAACGAAUUUUAUGAUUAUUUUGAAUAGGUAAGUAGAUACCAAUACAGGGUUGAUAACCUAUUAUUGUCCAUAAGGCAGAUAUUUGCACAUUCCAUCAUCUGACCCUUGUGGAGAUGAUGAGCUUGGGAAUCACUCAAAACCGUAAUGAAUUAUAAUUGAUUAUUUCAAGAUGGUGGAACAACGAAUAACAAUAUUGUAUUGGAAAUUUGAGUCACAAAACAAGAAAGAUCAAAAUAAUCAAUAUGCUUACAGAUCACGAGGACAUCAUUGAAGUAAUUUUAAAAUCAAAUUAAUUUUAGGUGCCUUCUGAAGAGACUAUAAAUGAAAUUCUUGAUAGGUAUAAAAAGAUCAAUGCACAUGCUGCCAGUUAUACUUGGAAGAGAUUGGGAAAGCCUUUGGAUAUGGAAUUAACUUUGAGUGCCAAUGGAAUACCUGAUGAAACCGAUGAAUUUGAAUAAUUAGGAGUUCCUGAGAGUUAGUGGUACAUUCCAGCAAUUCAUCUAUAUUUUAAUGAUGAUUUAACAGUGGCGUGAUAAGA